UGUUUGUAUAUCAUACGUUUUAGGUUUAGGUAGCAUUUUACAAAACAAUAAUUGCGAAUUAGGUACCACAUAAGUUUUAUUGGAGGUCAACUUCUCAUUUUAAUUAGAAAUAAAAUCAGAAUCAGUUGUUUUGGGAAACUCGAAUAUAAAAUGCUUUCAAAAGACCUCUUAAAUCAAUUGAAAACUGAUGUAAAAAAAAAAUCAUUUGAAAACUUUCAUUUCCAUUUUGGAAAUAUAUUAGCGUAAGUAAAUAGAAAAAUAAAAUUAUUUUACACUUUUUAUUCUAAGAAGUUUGAAAACUUAUUUUAUUAGCUGAGUAAUAUUAUUUCAAAUUUUGAGCUUGCUUAUCUUUAUUUUCACAAUAUAGAUUUUAAUGUGGGUUUAUUUAAUAGAGUUAAUUGAAAUGAAUUACAGUGAUUUUUGAGCUUGUAAUUUAUUUCAAAAAAUUUGCUUGUUUAUCAUUAUUCUCACAAUAUAGAUUUUAAUGUGGGUUUAUUUGAUAGAGUUAAUUGAAAUGAAUAAAAUGAUUUUUGUUAUCGAUUUUGAAUCUUAUGAUUUUGGUUGUAUUUCAAAAUUAAGGCAUUGAACUUAUAAUUAAUAUAUUUCCAACAUGCAUCUAAUUUCUAAAAUUUUAUUAAAAGUGACUAAACAAAAUAUUCUCCUUUUUUGUACCAGCAUGAUUACUUUCAGUUUAAUACAAUUACCCAAUAACUAUAGAAUUUUCAUACUUAUAAACACCAGAGGAAAUUUAUUUUCCAGCUUUACUAAAUAGCUUUGGUUCCUUCAACUAAAAGUAAAAAUAAAAGUACAUAACUUUGACUGGGUAAUAUGAAGGUCAUUGUGAAUCAACAACAACACAAAUUUUGAAUUGUGGUACAUUAUUCAACAAAACAUGCGUAUUUUUGUAUUUUAUCCCCUCCAUGAAGUAUUUCACAUUUUCUUUAAAUAGUGCCUAAUGUAUUUCUCUUUAUAUUCAUAAUAUGGGAUAUUUUUUUCACCUUUUCCUUUGUGUAUGUACAUCAACUAAAUAACCCCAAAAAAAUAUGGGUUAUUUAGUUGAUGUACAUACACAAAAUGAUUUCAUAGUUCAAAUAUUUAUGAGCAAAUGAACAUGUAAGAAGUUACAUAUCAAAUGUUCCUUAAUUGAGACUUGGGAGCUUUCUCGAAUGUCACCUUUACUUUUUUUUCCAAUUUUAUUCCAAAGAUAAAAUGACGUCGUUUUAUCAGUAACAAAGGACUCGAAACAGAUGAAUCCAAAUCUACUAAGAUUAAUGCAUUCAAUUGUUCAGUCAAGUAAUCUGGUGCUCAGCUAGCAGAGACCACAUCUAUUACCACAAACAAAAUAGUGCUCUUUCACAAAUAUAUUUUUACAUAAAUGCAGUCAUACUCUCUUUGUAUUUAGUUCAUUAUUUCCACAUUCAAGAGUCAAGAGUCAUAAGAACGCAUACUACAAGGAUCAUUUUUAAUCACCUCGUCCAAUUGACUCAUAAAAUGUGAAAGUUGGUAAGAUUUUUUAGACAGCUAACUUAUUUGCCUAAGUGAUAGAUCUCAGCCUUAAAUAACAUUUUUCUUAUCACACACAUGUUUUCAAAUAUUUUGGCUUUUGAAUUAAAAUCAUGUUCAAACUAGAUAGACAGAACAAAGCUUAUUGUUUCUAUACAUGAUUUCAAUUUGGAGACAUGGUUUUCCUUGACAUAUUCCUCUCCACCUGUUUCAGACAUAUAUUUCUUUCCUUAAAAUAAAGAUAUUUAAUUUUAACUUUAAAGAGAAUACCAUAUUCUUUUGUUUGACUAGCAUACAUUCAGAUAUUUAAUUACUUGCUAUAAUGUUUUUCUCUUAUAUAUAGUUUUUACUUGUCAUAAAACAUUUUUAAGUUUUGGACUUAAAUCAAAAUGACUGAUAAGAGAAGAAAGCUUAUCUUGUGAGUUAUCUCUCUCUUUCUUUCUCUAUCUCUCUCAAUAAUCACAGGUUCAAAGAGGAUUUUAAAAAAAUCAAAGGUUCAUUUGACGUUAUUGGUAGAUCAUUAUCUUCUAAUUUAACUUAUAAUAAUCUCACAUAGUAUUUGCAUGAUUUGAGGAUUUAAUUAGAUUUUUUUUUCUUCGGUUAUGUUCAAUUGACUCUGGAAUUUAAUUUUAUUAAUCCAGUUCACGAUUCUGCAAAAGUACAAGAUCUAAAGAUAUCAAAAGAUUCAGGAAUUUUGUUACCUAUCCACGAUCUUAUCUCUUAAAUGGAGUUUGUGGCUCAUGAAUUAUGUACAGAUUUUGAUCUGCCAGUUUGAAAUAAUUUAUGGCUUUUAAAACGUCAAAAUGAUCUCCAUAUUGGAUUAUGAUAUAGUAUGGUUUUUGUCUCAUCUGUUAAAUGCGGUUUGAUGUGAAUUAUAAUCUGUGUAGGCAAAUCAGAAUAUGUAGGGGUUAUUAGACAUAUAUAUGUGGCUUAGUGAUGUUUUUUUGUAUGUCACAAUCAUUUAUCUGGAUUUCCUGAAACAUAUAUCGCAUUCUGUGAAGAGUUUAAUAUGAUUUUUUAUCUGAUGCGUUGUAUUGGAGUUUGUGGUCAAUCUUUACCUUAACAAUCAUAACUUUUCCACUAUGAAACAAUAAUAAUUGCUCUCUCUCUCUCUCAAAAAUUAUGACUUCCAGUUUGAAACAUCUUUUUAAUAUAAUGAUAAUUCAUGCAUGUUUUAAUUUUGUUGAUCUAACUAUUUAUAGGUCCAACAAAGAUGUCAACAAAACCAACAAUAGGCCUGAGAGAGAAAACAUUUUCAGUUUUGACCUUCCAUCAUGCCUCUUGGGAGUAAUAAUGUCACUGCUUAUGUUAAAAGAUAAAAUUCGUGCAUCUACCGUCUGCAAGAAAUGGCGUGAAGCCGCUAAAUCUGUUAGGGUUUUUCAUAAGCAUCAAUGGUUUGUCUCCAUUCCUACAUUUGGAAACUCUAUUAAUCUUUUCGAUCCAUUGGAGAGGAAGAAGUACACACUGAAUCUGCCCGAGAAAGGUGUAACUGAUGUUGCUUACUCAAAAGACGGAUGGUUGCUUAUGCGCAGAUCAUCCUUUGUGGAAUUCUUCUUCUUCAACCCCUACUCUCGGGAGCUCAUAAGCUUGCCAGACAAUGAAUUGCCAUAUCAGGCAAUUGCUUUCUCUUCUGCCCCUACAUCAGAAACUUGUACUUUGGUCACAUUAAACCGUAUUUCAGAAUGUAUUGUGGCCAUCAGCACUUGCUAUCCUGGAGCAACUGAGUGGAUAACCAAAAAGUUUCAUUUCUAUCUUGCUUUUGGCCCCAAUGUCCAUAGCAACCUUGUAUGUGUUAAUGAUCGCUUCUACUGCUUCACCUCAGGAGGUGUUUUAUUUGAAUUUGAUCCAGCUUCUCGCACAUUGAGUCAUCAAGCAUGGGAUGAUGUUAGAUUCCCAGAAAUUCAUAACAAUGAAUGGUCGUAUCUGCCAAAGGAACUGUACUUGAUGGAGCAGAAAGGAGAGCUAAUUCUCAUGUAUACAUAUGGCGCUGAGAAACCAGUGAUGUAUAAGUUGGUCUCUUCAAAAUGGGAAGAGAUGAGUAGUACACUAGACGGCUUGACAAUCUUUGCAAGUAUGUAUUCCUCGGAGACCAGAAUGGAUGUUUUAGGGAUGAAGAACAGCGUGUACUUCCCAAAGUAUGGCUUACGUAACAACAUGCAAUGUGUAUCCUACUCAUAUAAUGAUGCCAGGUACUAUCCGGGUCAGCCGGAACGACGAUUACUAUGCCCUGUUGAUAGUCUUUGGAUCGACCCACCACCAUUUCUAAGGUAACUUGAGUGCGCUUUGAGGGUUUGUUUUAUAUAUUUAUAUAUGCAUCAAUCGUCGCAUCUGACAAAACUUGUAGACUUGAGUUUUAAACUAUGAGAUUGUGGGAAAUCUAUAUUAUUAAAAGAGAAGUACCCAUUUGAAAAUGUUAUUACUUCAUUAAUUAAACUCCUUUUUUUUGCUUGUUUUUUUCAGUUGUAUUUAUGAAAUAUCC